AUGGGAAACCAAAUUGCACACAUACCAAAUCAAAUUCUUAACGUUGAAACCUAUUUCAAUGACUUAAGUGGAUAUAAUUAUCUUAAAAAUUUGGGCGUUACUCGCUUUUUAAAAGUAGCUCAAGCACAAACAAGCAAUGGAACGUGUGUGCUUAAAAUUUUCCAAAUUGUUGACCAAUCGCUUCCAUAUGAUCAAUACAAAGCACAGAUUCAAGAAAUCUAUUCAACUCUUCACGAUAAAGAGUCAUCACCCUCGCCAUUAAAAAACUGUUUACCAUUUCAAAUUGUUACCAAAAAUGAUCGCUCAAUAAUUUUAGCACGGCCAUAUAUAAAAGAUAACUUGUUCUAUCGUUUACAAACACGACCUUAUUUGACACGUAUCGAGAAAAAAUGGAUUGCCUAUCAGCUAUUAAUUGCACUUAAACAUAUUCACAGCGUUAAUAUUGCACAUGGAGAUUUAAAAAUAGAAAAUAUUUUAUUAACAAGUUAUAAUUGGAUUUUACUAAGCGAUUUUGCUAAUUUUAAACCAACAUUUUUUGCUUAUGAGGAUCCAGCUGAGUAUUAUUAUUAUUUCAAUGCAUCACAACGAAAUGUUUGCUAUUUAGCACCCGAACGUUUCUAUGAUCAAUCAAGAAUUAGAAAUGAUAUUAAUAAUGAUACUUUUUCAACAAGUUUUGGCAAAUUGGGUAUUUCAUCAAUGGAUAUUUUUUCACUCGGUUGCAUUUUGGCAGAGUUAUUUACUGAACAACCGUUAUUUACUUUAACACAAAUGCUAGAUUACAGAAAUAAUGCAUAUGAUCCUAUGCCAAUUAUUAAUAAAAUCGCUGAUGUUGAUAUACAAGCUAUGAUUGCCAGUAUGAUUGAUCGUGAUCCUUUGAAACGGCAAACUGCUGAGCAAUAUCUUGAUGAACAAAUAGGCAAAGCAUUUCCAUCUUGUUUUUAUACAUUUCUCUUACCAUAUGUACAAAAAAUUUUAAAAGAAUUUUCAACAGACUUUGUUAUUUAUAAACUUCAUCGUGAUUUUUCAUAUAUAAUUAAUAGUUUAUUGAUUGAAAAUAAUAACCAUUCGAAUGAGAAUUCCAUGGAAAUCGAUGAAGAAAAAAAGCAAGAAUCUUCACAAUGUUUAUUAAUACUUCUUUCGCUUGCUUUAUCAUGUAUGAGAAAAUUAAAUCAUUUACAUUCACGCCUUCUUGCACUCGAACUUUUACGUUUGAUGAUUCCACUUGUUGAUGAUCAAAUUAUACUCGAUCGAAUUUUACCCUAUGUGCAUGCAAUGUUAAAUGAUGAUUUUCAUCGUGUACGAGCUGAUGCUAUUCGAACAGUUGUUUUUGCAAUAUCAUCUGUAAAAAAUAUAAAUCAAGAAAAUGCUGAUCUUUUUAGUGAAUAUCUUUUCCCGACAUUGUCAUCACCACAUUUUCCCGACGAUUGUUAUGUUCGGUCGAAUCUUGCCAAAUAUCUAUCUAUCCUAGCUGAACAUUCAUUAAGAUUUUUAGAAAAGACCUAUCUAAUUGAAGAACGAAAUCAUAUAAUAAAUAAUGAUCAUUUUAAAAACUAUGAAGAUGAAUUAAAAGGUGUUCACACAUGGAUGCAAGGUAAAUUCGGCGAUCUUAUUCAUGGUGAAAAUGAUGAUCCAAAUGGACAAUUGGCUGAGACUCUAUGUCGAUCAGAUCUUAUACGUUUGUGUACUUUUUUUGGCAAACGAAAAACAAUUGAAGUUAUUUGUGGACAUUUAACAACACUAUUGAGUCAACCUAAUUGGCGUUUACGCGCAGCAUUAUUCGAUAGUCUUGUUACUGUUGCAUCAUAUAUUGGACUUGAAAGUGAAUUAUUUAUUUUACCAUUACUCAAUCAAGGAUUACUUGAUGACGAAGAAUUUGUUGUUUAUCGAGUAUUGAAAGCACUUGCUUGUUUUGUUCGUUUAUCAUUAUUAAAACGGAAAACAGUUUAUGAAUUUCUUCGACAAGUUGCACCACUUGUUUGCCAUCCAAAUCUUUGGCUUCGAUUGAGUGUUAUUGAAUUUAUUAAUAGUAUUUGUGAAAAGUCACAUUUAGCUGAUAUACAUGGAUUUGUUAUACCGGUGAUCGAACGAUUCUUUAAAUUUCCCAUUGUUCAAGUUGGCAAUCCUGAGAUAUUAUACAAUGCAUUGAUCGAACCAUUAUCACGUGAAUUAUUUGAAUAUGUUCAAAAAAUUCAACCGAAUGAAAAUUUAUUUCGACAUUUUAUUGAUCGAUCAAAUAUUCGACAAAUGACAGGUAAUGGACUGAAACCAGCCUAUAUUCAACCAACUGAUGCUGUUGUACAUGAAGCCUUUGCUAAAUUAACUGAAUUAGGAAUGAAAGAAUUCGAUGAAGACAAAAUUUUAGCAUUGAAAUUUUUCGUUAAACAAACAUCACAAUACAGAUUAAAUAUAAGUGCGUCAACUGAAUCAACAACACGUCCAGGUACUGUUAAUAUAAAAGUUUUACCAGCACAACGACUUGAUUCAAAUCUGAAUAUAAAUCGAAAUAGUAAUGACAACUACUCAGCAAGAAAUAUUAAUAAUGAAAGUUCGGAUUGGUCGGAAAUGUUUGGAGGCGUAACAAUGCAAAUUUCCAAUCAAGUAGAAAAUCUUCCAUCGAACUUAACAGCCAGCUCAAAUGAUAAAACACCGAAUGAAAACAACGAUGAAAAUAUGUUAGUUGAUACAGCACAAUAUCAAUUACCAUCAACAGAAAACAUAACACAACAUCGACCAGUUCUUAUUCGAGAUCCAGCAUCAAGAAUAACACGAACAGGACUUCGAUUACAAUGUUUAACUGAAAAACAUAAUUUACUGUUAAAACAUGACGCUAUCAAUCGUGAAGAUUGUCAACGUGAAAAAUUACUUAAACAUAAUGUACCAACAAAUGUUUAUGAAAUAGCUGAUCCAAAAUUUUGGACACCACAAGGAACUCUUCUCGGUCAUAUUCAUUUACAUAGUGGGAAAAUUACAAGAUUAACAUCAAGUCUUGUCUCUCCAUCGACGAAUCAUACACAACUGUUUGCUACUGGUGAUGUAAAAGGAGCGAUACGACUCUGGGAUAUAAAUCAAUUUCAAAAAACCCUUAUCUUCCGACCAACACGAGCUAUUCGUGCAAUAGGAUCAUCUAUUCAAGGUUUAGCAUUCACGUCGGAUAAUGGUUUAAAUCUUGCUUCUUUAAGCGAAAAUGGGCAAUUGAAUAUAUAUGAUCUUAAUUCUCCUACAACAGAUAUUCGUGAAUCAUUUUAUCAUUUCAAAAUGAAUGUUGAUGAUGUUGGUGUACCCGUCGAUUUGAAAUAUUUUAAUACUGGUUCACAAGAUAUUUUAGCAUUAGCUACAUCACAAGGUUUAAUUGUUGGAAUUGAUACAAGAUGUUCAACGCCUGUUUUUCGCUUUAAAAAUGAUUUAAAUCAUCGUUUAAUAACUGCACUUGAGGUCGAUGAACUUCAAUCGUGGUUAGCAGUAGGCACUGGUAGUGGAUUUAUUGAUGUAUGGGAUAUGCGUUUUCAAUUGUGUAUUCAAGGUCUAAGGCAUCCAACAGGUGCACGUAUAAUUACUCUACUUCGUCAUCAAGAUCAGCCAAGUAGUUUAAUAAGUUCAUUUCAAGGUAACAAUGAAGUAGCUAUUUGGGAUAUUGCUAAACCUCAAAUGCGACAAAAAGCUUUCUGGCCAUCGCCAGUAGCCCCACUUUCGUUAACACAGUCGUUAAAUCAUUACAUUGCAGCAAUGUAUUUAUGGAAAAAUGAUGGAACUACAUCAUUGCUUUGUGCUGGAACAGAUAUGCGUAUAAGAAAUUGGAAUUUAACACAACCAAUUCGAUCUUAUAUUGUAUGUCGUGGACCAGCUGACGAUGAUGCUUUAACUGCUCGCUAUCAACCUAAAACUAUUGAUGGUACUGAAGUUACCAUUGAAGAAUAUCAUCGACGUAAACAUCCGUCUUCACCACCACCAUCAUCAACACAAUUAAUAAAUACAGCAGCAGCACUACCACCGUCUGGGCCAUCGACAACAACAGAAAUCAAAACAACAAAAUCCAGUGCAAACAUUCCUCCUGCACAUACUGAUACAGUUACAUCAAUGCAAUUAGUUAUGUCAAAAGAACGUACGCCUUAUUUGAUAACUGUUUCAUGUGAUGCUGUUGUUAAAAUAUGGAAAUAA